CUUUCUGUAUCCUUUUUUGAAUGGAGACCCCCCCACACACACGAUUACGAUUCAGCAUUUGAUUUUGGAGCAACAUGGACGUUCUCAAGUCUCUGGGCCACCCGGAAGAGAUUUUCAACCUCUUCAAGUUUAAGAUGGGAGGCUGCAGAGCCGUCAUGCCCAAAUUGGAUUACGUGAGUAAAAGGACACAAUUCUAUAAAAUGUCAUCUAAAAGCAAAAGGAAGAAGGAGGAUGCUUAUCUUGUUACAAAAUGUUACAUAACAAGCCCAGAGAAAGAUGCUAGGCGCAUGUUUGGCCGCUAAUGCCAUCGUUUUGAAGCCGACAUAAACGGAUAUGAUCAACUACACAUUGAUAAUUAAUUAAAUGCAUCAUAAUUCUUUGCAACUGGUAAUAUUUCGUGGAAACGUACUCACAAACUGCAUCGUUUGGGUGGAUGAGAUAAGUAGGUGCAGGUAUCUGCUAUUACACCAAUGUGCCACUAGAUGUCCCCAUUUGAAAACACUCUGUCCACAGCAUAGGUACACCUGGGACACAAUCCAAUGCAAAGCGGCAUUACCAAUUAUACUAAUGCUCACUUUUGAUUGACACUGCAAGAGAGAGAAUAUUAGGAUUACCUCUCGUGACGAACGAAUGCAUUUAGGAACAUACAAGUAUAAGCAGAGCAUUCUCUUUUUACAGUAUAAUUGUUCAUACAGCUCUUGUAUUAGAGCGGACGUAGGUAAUAAUUUGACCAAUGAGUGCAAGCGUCAAAGUAUGCAAGAUUACAUUGUAAAAAUAGUGAGCUAAACUAGAGGUAACUGUAUAAAGAGUGCUACGAAUGUGCAUGGCGAACUUUUAGCAUGGAGCCGUAAACAAACAGCAACCUACCGGAGAGUUGUGUAGGAAGGAGGGGCUCUACGCUACACACACACGCUAUGCACAAAGUUUAGUUUAGCGCCCCCCCUCCAAGGUUGAAGCUCACCUCGCCCAGCUGCUCGUCUUCGUCGAAACGUCCAGUCCAAAGCCCAGCCGCGGCGUUCUCGUCGUCGUCGAGCUCCUCGCAUGGCCGCCGGAGCGUGCUGCAAGUGUCCCAUCUCUCUGUCCGUGUUCAAGCGCUCUCUCUCGGUAGCACCGCGGGGCUCAACGCCCGCCCAUCCUCGCUCCCUCCUGGCGGGCUGGAGACUCGGAGAGCGGGGCCUACAAGAGGCCGCCCGGCCCUCAAGCGCCCUCAGACCAGCGGGGUUCAGUCGACACACGGCCUUCUUUUGUCUGUCCUGCCAGGAGUCCAUGAGCGAGAGCCUGAGGACGUGUUAUGUGUACCUCAAUCAAACCAGCAGGAGUUUUGCAGCUGUCAUUCAGGCCUUGGAUGGGGAGCUAAGACACGCCGUUUGCAUUUUCUACCUGGUGCUGCGGGCGCUGGACACGGUGGAGGACGACAUGAGCAUCCCGCUGGACAAGAAGGUCCCCAUGCUGAAUGAUUUCCACACCUACCUGUACCAGGACACCUGGAGCUUCAGCGAGAGCCGGGAGAAAGACCGGAAGGUUUUGGAGGACUUCCCCACGAUAUCACUGGAAUUCCGAAACCUGGCUCAGGAAUACAGGGAGGUUAUCUCAGAUAUCUGCCACCGAAUGGGAGCAGGAAUGGCUGAAUUCCUAGAGAAGAACGUGGGCUCCAUGAAGGAGUGGGACCAGUAUUGCCACUAUGUGGCAGGGCUUGUGGGCAUUGGCCUCUCGCGCCUGUUCUCGGCGUCACUGCUGGAGGACCCUGAGGUGGGCUGGGACACGGAGUUAGCAAACUCCAUGGGGCUCUUCCUCCAGAAGACCAACAUCAUCCGAGAUUAUCUGGAGGACACGCAGGAGGGACGUGCCUUCUGGCCACAAGAGGCAUGGAGCCAAUUUGCAGGCCGACUGGAGGACUUGGCCCAGCCUGAGAAGCUGGAAUCAGCGCUGUCAUGUCUCAACCUGCUGGUCACUGAUGCUCUGCGCCACGUGCCAGACGUCAUCGCCUACCUGACCCGCCUGCGCAACCAGAGCGUCUUCAAUUUCUGUGCUAUUCCUCAGGUGAUGGCAAUAGCUACACUGUCGACGUGCUACAACAACCCCAUGGUGUUCCAGGGAGUGGUAAAGAUCCGAAAGGGACAGGCUGUGACUCUCAUGAUGGAGGCCACUAAUAUGCGAGCAGUGCAAAACAUCAUCAGCCAGUACAGCCAAGAGAUUUUUCACAAGGUCUCCCUCACUGACCCGUCACGGGACAAGACCCUGCGCAUCCUGGCCCUGAUCAGAGAGAAGUCGCAGUCCAGCAUCCCCAUCAGGAGCCACCACCUGUCGCCCAUGUACCUGUCGGCCGCCAUGCUGCUGGCCGCCGUCAGCUGGCAGUACCUCAGUGCCACAGCGGCGCAGGCACAGGGCGACAUGCAGGGACAGUAAAUGCCCCCCAUACAGACUUAUUACACCUCCUUCACUGCUGUGGGGGUCCACUUCACCUGUGAAUGGUAGAAGCACAACAGCAAAUAAGCACUAGCACGUGAAUUCAUUGUUUACACACAGUUGUGUGUGGGUAAAAUCACCAGCAUAGAAUGGAUUCUUGCUGUUAGGCGUUUAUGUUCAUUUGGUUUUGCUUCAUUUGUAAUCAUUUUCUCCCUUUAUGUUUAAAUAGUGAUGUGAUAUAAGGGAAAACACUUCAUGAACCAAAAUUCAUUUGUUUCGCAUUUCAUCUUAUUUUGCUCAAAUGAAGUUGAAAGCUAAGAAUAUACUGUAUAUUGCAAGGCAUCCCCUCUGUGUUUGUUCCAGCUCCUUGGAGAUUCAUUCUCAUAGGGUUUUAUGUAAAGGGGGUGAUAUAAAAAAAAAAAAAAAAGACUGCGUAAAUGUAUUUGUACAUUUAUGUAUUCUGAAGCUGCUAGUGAAGUGUCCUUAAUAGAGCUUUGGUGAGUUGAGUUUUUUUUUUUUUUGUAAAGGAAAAAACCCAGAAACCCAGAGCCAAAGUACACUAUACAAACAUUGCUAUGUAAUGUGAACAAUAGAUUUAUAUGAAUAUAUUGCAGCAAAUAAAAUGGUGAGAGGAUGUAAA